UCAGCUGUCAGUUCAUUGUCAGCCUACUUUUCCUAUUGGUAUUGGUGUUGCGUACGUAAUUAAUAAUUACAUUCCCGUCAGUCAAAUUGAUUCAGGAACAAAGGAAAAUAUUUACUUUGCCACUAAUUAAAAUAUUUAGUAUAUAACAGUUUUGUGCAGUGAAAAUUAAUUAAAAUGUCGGACCAUAGGUACAUUAGCAACUCGAGCAACUUGUUCGAAGACGACGAUGUCGACAAUGAUACAUUUGUGCAAAGUUAUAGAUCAAAAUUACCUCAACCCCCGAGAAAUCCCGUCAAUACUCCUUAUGGGGGGCACAUUGCAGAACUGGAGAAACAAAGGCAAGCGAUGUUACAAAGGCAGAAGGAGAUUGAACAACGUACACUAGACUCGUCAAUACGGAGUAUUGGGCUUCUACACGACAGCGAAACGAUUGGUAUCGCUACAGUUGAAGAACUGUCGAGACAGCGAGAACAGCUACAGAACACAAAUCGGAGAUUAGAUGAAAUCAAUACAAAUCUACACUACAGUCAGAAACAUCUGAAUGGCAUAAAAUCAGUUUUCUAUGGAUUAAAAAAUUAUAUAUCGGGUAAAUCAGAUCAAACACCUCCAAGAAGUCAGGCCUCACCAGAUAGUCUCAAUUCGAAAGCUGGGAAUAGCAGUAAAUUGGAUGACACUUUAGAUAACACACCAAAACUGAGUGCUGAAGAUCGCUUCAACAGUCAUCCAUCAACACGACUGAGAGGCUUAAACCAAGAACAAGCUAGUGCUCCAAUUUCAGAUAGCCAGCGUAUCAAUGAAAUGUUAGAUGCCAACUUAGAUGAGAUGGUACAGCACAUCACUAGACUUAAAGGACUAGGCAGUGCUCUUGGUGAGGAAAUUGACUCACAAAACAAACUCAUAGAUACAAUACAAGACAAAGUUGAGGUUGCAGAUAUCAAAAUUGGAAAGCAAAACAAGCAGAUAAACAAAAUUUUAGGAAAAUAAUGCUUGUUUAAUAUGAAGCUUAGUUAAUCCACUUAUUGCAUAUAAUGUACACAAAUAAAUAAUGUAAUCAUAUUACAUGAUAUAGUUAAGUAUAGUGAUAAUUUGCAAUAAUUUUAUACAUGUAUUAAUUUUAGUACCAUUCUGAUAUUUCUAAAUCCUGAAUAUAACAUCAUUACCUUAAUAAUUUGUACUAUUUUUGAUCUAAGGUUAUGGGUGUCAAUUUCCUCAUUGUUAAUGAGAAAUUUGAAUUUCAUGUGAUUGAAAUAAAUUUGUAAAAUAUUUUGUCAACACAUAUGUUUAAAAAAUAAGAGUAUAAUCUUAAACUACUGGUACUCUUUACAAUACUUUUUAGCAAAAUAGCUGUAAUAUUUUUCUAUUAAAUAUCAAGGUUAAAUUGAAAUAGUUAUGGUUACCGGGAUAAUUGUAAUAA